AUGUUUUCGUCAAGUCGUACAACUAAAAACCUGACUUGUGGGUUUAAAGUGAACACCAACUCCCCUCAAUGGCACAAGAGCAUGACGAAAAUCCUCAAGAAAAUCAGAGGAGGGAAUUUUUGGAUAGACGUGGAUGAAGGAAUGGCAUACGUAACGGGUCAAGGAGAUCCAAACAAGCUACUAAAACUUAUGGGUUCGAAGAGAAGCAAAGAUGCUGAAAUGGCGUUUGUGAAAACCGGAACACAUCAUCGUCCUCAUCAUGAUCCUAACUUCUGCAAUAACUAUCAAAGUUCUUUCUUUGGUGGGCAAUCAGCAACGCCAUAUUGGCCAGGGUACUAUCCACAAGGGCAGGGAAUGUUACCUUUUCAGCAAUACCCAUUCCCCGGCGGCUAUAAUAACUACGGUUAUUAUUAA